AUGGGAAAAUACGGCGGAGUUGAAAAUUUGGCACCUUACACCGGUCUUUCGUCUUCUUCCUUCCUUUUUACCCUCACUUUACCUCUUAUACACGAUUUGGAACUGUUCACUCCUCGUGUGAUCCAGUCCCGUAUUACACUUUUUUUUGAACACCAUCCAAACCGUGCUUUCCACUCGUCCUGGUCUUCACUGUCGACAAAGUCUAGAGCUCAACACACAUUCGAUUUUACAGAGCGAGCGUCUUAUUACAAGCGCAUAUACUCGUGUCCCUCGCCAGUCCAGUCCCGCCUUGUCGUAAUUGUCCCUUACGCACGCAUAUACUUGCCCCCCCCACUCAUACUCCAGUUACAGAGCCUCUUUCCAAUACUGGACAACCGGCGCGCUACGAGAAAGAACGUUGCACAGCAAGGCCUACACCUUGAACCUCCUCUUAUCGUUCCAACCCGCGUCCGCAAGAAAUCUGUACCUGCCGAAACGAGCUCCCCUUCCCUAUCACCACUUCCACUCUCAAUUGCAUCCCCUCCUGUUCUCUCCAAUAACCCAAUACCACGCCCCACGCCAGAUUCACCCAACUUCAGUUCCAGUUCCUCUACGAGCAGCUCCCUCUUGAACUUCUCUCCUGUCGUUGUAUCGCAUCGUAACCGGAUGUCUUCUACGAAUAUCGCCACGGUUGCACGCCAUCCCGGCCACAAGGUAGCGCCCGUCUUAUCCGAUGGCGUCACAACACCGGUCGCGCUACUCGACUGGGAAAACGCGUGCGAAGAUUUCUUCGCUAAUUGCAAGGAACCUAUUCCGGACGAAAAGAAAGUCUCAAAAGUCACCGGCGGUCUACAGAACAACCGCAUCAACGAAUAUAUCAGAAACAACCGCGUCCGUUUACACUCUCUCAAAUUUCCUGAAUUCAUGUCCGAGUUACGCGAAACGUUUUUACCUACGGACUGGGCGAAAGAAACACAUCGAAAAAUUCUGGCAGCGCGUAUGGCUCUCGAUCAACCGUUCUACAAUUUUUGCACGGAUAUGGUCUCGUUGAACAACCUUCUUGCGGGCAGCACUCUACACUUGUCUGAACAACGCAUCAAGGAGCAGAUUUUCAAUAAUAUUACUGAGGAUCUCCGCGAGAAGUUGGAGGAUUCACCCACCGAGCUAGCAGCGUUGAAUGUGCUUCCGUUUCCAAAGUGGAUGAACUUCAUCAGUGAAACGGACGUCAAAAUGGCCAAGGCUAUCAAACGGAACAUGAAGCGCUACGCCUUGGAGCUCGAAAAAGAAGAGAAAAAGAAGAGGAUCCUCUCGGGUCCACCUCACACGGCGAAUGCAUCCUCGAGCGGCGGUGCAGACAAUCGACACCCUUACACGCAGAACGCAUAUAGGUCCCGCAACACACUUCCACCUCUAACGGAACAGGAAAGAGCCCUCAUAUACGAACACAAGGGUUGUUUGAAGUGUCGACGCUUGUAUACGGACCACAUCGGGCGGGAUUGUAACAAUGACUUCCCUGAAACUCAUGUCGUGAUUACGCCUACCAUGGCCGCCACAGCUAAGGCCGAAUGGGAGAAACGUCGUCAGAACAAGGAUAAGCACCAAUACCUAACGGGAUUUAACGUUCUUGGGCUCGUUUUGAAGCUAUUAGAGAUACCGCAAAAAACCGCGGUCUGCGGUCUUUUUGCGGUCCGGUCUGGUCUUUUGACUUCUGGGGAAAAGGCAGACCGGUUACGGUUACGGUUAACGCCCCUGGGCAUCAAAAAACCGGACCGAACCGGACUUUCAAACACUAAGGGUAAACCCCUCAAUCGAGGUCCAGCUCCGAUCACCAGCGCCCCAGCCGUCGCUGCUAUAGUCGAAGAAUCAAGUGAACCCUCGGGGGAUGAGGAGGACGAUGAGAACGAAAAAUCCGGUAUUGUUGCAAUGACUUGGCCCUCCGCAGUCGCGCUGGGCGAUUCAGAUUCUGACGAGAGCGUAAGUCCUCCUUUGACCUUCCCGAAUCUCUUUUGGGAUGCGCGCGCAAUUGGGCGUGAUGGUUUCUUGGUUCCUGUCAAAGCAAUGAUUGACAACGGUGCUCACAUUGUUCUCAUCAGGCCUGACGUCGUCGAGAAACUUGGUCUAGAACGAAAGCAACUCCGUAAACCACAAGUAAUCAACGUCGCAAUGAAGGAUGAUCAGAAAAAGAAGAAUUCAAAUCCUGUAUUAUUAUCGGACUACGUUUCGCUCUCCCUUUCCACCUUAGAUAAUUCCUGGACUUCAAAACCCGUUACCGCAGUGAUCGCCCCUGGACUUUGCACAAAUAUUCUGUUAGGCCUUCCGUUUCUCGUACACAACCGUAUUGUCGUAGACCAUGAAUCCCCGAGCGCUUUUGUAAAAGAGACUUCAAUCGACCUUUUGAACUUUGUACCCUCUCCUCGUAAAAUUGCACGUCGUGUGAAAUCACCGCGCCACUACUACAUCGCGAUCUACUUAAGGAACUGA